AUGCCGGAGUUUAACGUCGUCUCCAUGCUCACUGCCUACGUGAGCUUCGGUCAUCUCGAAGAAUCCAAGAGCUUGUUCGAUAGGUCCGAGACAAGCACCAGAUUGCCUGGAACGCAAUCAAAGUGUGCCAGAAAGUUUGACCUUCAAGGAAAAUCCUUUCUCGAUUUAAGGGUUCUUGGGCCGGGCGAAAAUGCGGCAUUUGGCAUGGGCGGAGAGGAUUUGUCCUGGGCGUCCCGCAUCAGAUCGUGUCACACACUCUUGGCCGCCAGAGACCUCCACUCCCGAAUCCUCCGCCCAUCGCGCUACGUCUCCAAUCUCCUCAUCGAGAUGUAUGGACGGCUGGGCGAGCCGGGGAUCGCCCACGCCGCCUUCCUCACCAUCCCUCCCGCCGCGAAGAACAUCUUCUCUUGGGCGCUCAUGCUCUGGGCCUACGCUCGCAACCACAGACCCGACCAAGCCCGUGAGAUCUUCGAUCAAAUGCCGCUCCACAACCUCGUCGCCCACAACGCGAUCCUCUGCGCGGCUGCCCAGUCCGGGCAUUUGCAAUCCGCCAAGGAGAUCUUCGACGCGAUGCCAGAAUGGGAUCUAGUCUCACACAUCACACUGCUGCGAUCGUAUGCCGAGGGGGAGAACCUCGACGAGGCGAUGCGCGCGCUGGAGCGCAUGGAAGAAAGAACCCUAAUCGCUGCCACGGCUAUGCUCAGCGCAUAUGCCCGGCACGGGCAUCUCUACCAGGCAAAAGCAGUGUUUGAUUCGAUGCCCUGGCACGACCUAGUUUCCUGGAACGCCAUGCUAACCGGUUACGCCAUCAACGGCGAGCUUGCUUCCGCGGAAGCAGUGUUUGCCGCCAUGGAAGAACGGGACGUGGUUUCGUGGAACUCUAUGCUCUCUGCAUAUGCCGCGAGUGGGCAUGUUCUGAAAGCCGAGCGUGUGUUUCGUGACAUGAGGGUUCAUGAUGUUGUUUCUGGAAACGCCAUGCUGGCUGCGUAUGGGCUGCACGGGCAAUUGCAAAAGGUGGCGGCAGUGUUCCAGAGAAUGCUGGAGAGGAAUCUUGUGACGUGGAAUCUCAUGCUGGUUGCGUAUUCGCAGCGGGGGCAGAUCGAGAUGGCUCAGUGCACGUUUGAUUCCAUGCAGCGAUGGAACGUCGUGUCCUGGAACGCGCUACUCGCCGCUUACGCCAAGAACAGCGGCGAUGAUCUCCAGUGGAGGCGCGUCUUCGACUCCAUGCCGCAGCGCAAUCUCGUGUCGGUGAACGUUUUGCUGUGUGGAUUGAUCAGCGCGGGGCAGCUGGGCGAGGCCAGGAUGGUGUUCGAUGCCAUGGAGGAGCGCGAUCUCGUGUCCUGGAACUCGAUGCUCUCGGCGAUGGCGGCGCAGGGCGACGCCCGGGGUGCCAAGGAGCUGUUUGACGAGAUGCACGAGCGCAAUCUCUCGUCGUGGACGGCGCUCAUCUCGGCGCAAUCCCGCGCGCGCGCGCUGGAUUCGUUCCGGGAGCUCCAAUUGGAGGAGACCCCCGACGCGGUCGUGUUCCUGGUGAUGCUCAAUCGAGCGUGCAGCCACUCGGGGGGGAUCUCCACUGGGCUGGGCUUGUUGAGGAGCAUGAGCGCGGAUUUUGGGCUGGAUCCGAGCAAGCGCCACUACUCGUGCGUGAUCGAUCUGCUGGCACGAGGGGGAUUCCUUGGGUGUGCGCGGGAUUUGCUCGGCAGCAUGCCCUUUGCGGCCGACGCGGUGGAUUGGCGAUGCUUCCUGGCCGGAUCAGGGGAUGGAUUCGCCAAAAGAAGCGCUGUUCUUGGCAUGGAUUCGUGGAGCGCUGCCUCGUACGUGCUACUGGCAAAUGCGUACUCGUGA